AUGCCGAUUGACUACUCUAAAUGGAAGGAUAUCGAGGUGUCCGAUGACGAGGACGACACUCAUCCGAAUAUUGAUACGCCGUCACUCUACAGAUGGCGUCAUCAGGCUCGUUUAGAGCGAAUGGCCGAAAAGAAAAUGGAAAAAGAGGCGUUGGAAAAGGAGAAGAAGACGACGAGCAAGAAAAUGCAGGAACUCGAAAAGAAGCUUGCCGACGCUUCAGUCGACUCGAAAUCGUCAAUUCAACAACAAAUCGAUGAAGUGAAGGCUCAAGAGGAGGCGUGGCGUAAAAAGGAGGCGGAGCUUGAAGAAAAGGAACGUCUCGAGCCAUGGAAUGUGGAUACUAUCGGACAUGAGGCAUUCAGUACUUCAAGAAUUAAUAAGAUCACCGAAAAGAAGCCGGAAGUGAAGAAGACCGAUGAGGAGGAUAGUCACGAUAUGGCAUCGUUCUUCGAGAAGAAUGAGAGUCUUCUGGAAAGAAUUGGAACGCUGAAAGGAGGUGCGAAGGCGACGGAAAUCUUAUUGGCUGAACAUCCGCAUCUCGCUUGCGACUACACAGCCAACUGGCUCACAAUCGAAGCUCUGAACGCGGCGAUCUUCGAACAAGAGGAGAAAAUGAAGACGAUGGCCGAGCAAUGCAUCAUUAUUCAAUACUUGUUGGAAUUGUCGAAAUCGCUCAACGCAGUCGCCACGAACAUCACCGUCCAAAAGCAAUUCUUCAAGAAAUUCGAGUGCGCCGAGCCAGUUUACAUGAAACACUAUCAUGAUGAGGUGAAGGCGUUCGAGGAUCGCCUCAAAAUUCGAGCUCAAACGAAGAGAGAAGCGGCGAUGGAGGAGGCGGAAGCUGUUGAGAAGGAGGAGAGAAUCAAGGCGUCGCCGGGAGGAAUUGAUCCACAGGAGGUGUAUGAAGAGUUGCCGGAAGAGAUGAGAAAGUGCUUUGAGUCGCAUGAUAUUGAGGCGUUGAAAGGUGUCGCCCAGAAGAUGGAUGAGGAGGUCUUCAAGUAUCACUUCGAUCGCUGCAUCGCCUCGGGACUCUGGGUUCCAGGAAAAGCCGACGAAGAGGAAGAAGAGGAAGUCGUCGCGUCGACCUCAUCUGAAGACGUUCCGGAUACCAAAGCAUGA